GUUGAGGAUUCAUUUGGGCGUCUCCCAACCCAGAAAAAUUAUAGAAAAGCAAAACACAGUCUUAUGUCACUGGCAUCAUAUUAAAUAGCUUCAUUUUUGUUUUGUUUCUUUUGACUCAGAGUUGUGAACCUGGUCCAGCAUGUCCCAUGUAUCUGACAGCUCACGUCUUAACAAGGUCCUGCGCCAGCAAUACCUCAGUUUGCCUCAGGGAGACCUCUGUCUGGUCACUUAUGUCUGGAUCACAGGUGUGGACCUGCGUAGCAAGACUCGAACCAUGGAUUCUGAGCCAAAAAGCAUAGCAGAUAUACCAGAAUGGGACUUGGCUGCAUCAUCCGUCAUUGAGGUCCUACUGGCUCCUGUCUGUAUGUUUAGGAACCCCUUCCUUUUGGACCCUAAUAAACUGGUACUGUGUGAGGUGCUCAAGCACACCCGGGAACCUGACGAAUCGAACGUUCGUAACAGCUGUAACAAGGUCAUGGAAAAGGUCAAAGACCUUCACCCUUGGUUUGGCAUGGAGCAAGAGUAUACACUUUUUGGAGUGGAUGGGCACCCUUUCGGCUGGCCCAGAUUUGGCUUCCCUAAGCCACAAGGUCUAUAUCAUUGCAGUGUUGGUGCUGACAGGGCCUUUGGCAGAGACAUUGUGGAGUGCCAUUAUAAAGCCUGUCUGUAUGCUGGCAUCAAAAUUGCCGGCACUAAUGCAGAGGUCAUGCCCUCUCAGUGGGAGUUCCAGGUGGGACCAUGUGAAGGUAUUGAGAUGGGAGAUCAUCUGUGGAUGGCCCGUUUCCUGCUACACAGGGUGUGUGAAGAUUUUGGGGUGGUGGCCACUUUAGAUCCAAAACCCAUGAAAGGAGAUUGGAAUGGAGCUGGUUGCCACGUGAAUGUGAGCACUGUGCACACCAGAGAGGAAGGAGGGAUUGUACAUAUUGAGAAAGCCAUUGAGAAUCUGAGAAAGCGACAUGAAGAGCAUAUUCGGGUGUACGACCCACACUGCGGCGAGGAUAACAAACGUCGCCUCACGGGUCUUCACAUGACCUCCAGCAUCCAUGAAUUCUCAGCAGGUGUUGCUAACCGAGGGGCUAGCAUUCGUAUUCCCCAUCAGGUGGCUCAGGACAAAUACGGCUAUUUUGAGGAUCGCCGUCCUGCUGCCAACUGUGACCCAUAUGCUGUGAUCUGUGCAAUUGCCCGCACCUGCAUGCUGGAGGAGGAAGAUGUCCAUGAAUUGGAAUAAUGCACACUAUAAAACAAAUAGCAUUUAUUUAGAAUGUUGUAAUGAUGUAAUAUGCUAUUUUUGACAUAACACGAUUUGUUUGUGUAACCUGGUUAUUGAGCUUUGUGGUGUCUCUAAAUCAUUGGCCUAUACUUAGGCCUAUCCAUAAAAAGUAGACUACAGUAAACUAGGCACAAAGCCUAAUUUUAGCUGUUUAAAUGACAAGGUAUAAUGUAGGUUACAGUGUCUGCUUUCUCCUUACGUUGGCCUAAAUUUGUAUAGCUGUUGAAUGUAAUAAACAUUUAAAGCACUGAUUUGGUCUAGGCAGAUAUGUUCACAGGUCCCUGAAGUAGAGUCUAAGUCAAGUCUCUAAAAAUACUACAGUCAAUACAGUUAUUGUUACUAUAUUAAAUUCAUGAUAAAGGUGGUGAUGUGUGAAAGGUUUACCAAUUUAUGUCUGUGCAUGUCACAGGGGCGUAGAUUCCAGGGGGAAUUGAGGGGAGGUAACCGUAGGUUGCUGUGCUUUUAACUGUCCACCAGUUGGUGUGAGCUCUAGUCUCUGUUUUGAAAAAGCCAUUAGAAAAUGGUUCAUUAGACCUCAUUAAAAGAUUUCCAAGCAAGUGCAUUUUAAUUUGUAGCUACAUUCUAAUGAUGUUUGUUAUGACCUUUUUUUACUGAAAAUGUGCAUAUGAGGGAAAACGUUAUUUAUGCAAAGGUUUGAUCCGCACCAAAUAGCUUAUUCUACAUAUAAACAUAACUAAAUGUAUUAUUUCUUAAUUUCUCACAGACUUUUUUUUUGCAUUUAAGUCUUAAGGCAGAGAUCUAUUUGAGAUGUUUAUGUACCCUGUUUCUUAGUACAGUAGAUAAUAUUAAAAUCUGA